CUCACCUUUCAGUAGUUACACCAAGAAAGGCCUAGCUGAUGACUUAGGCUAUGGUUUUGGGCUGCACGAGAGUGGUCAGGCGGACAGUGGGGAUGUCUACACAUAACCCAAAGGGAAAAGAGAAAAGGCCCCUGAGAAAUCAGGGCAAAGUCCCACAGUGUCUCUUUCCACUGGCAUGUGGGUUACCUUCCCACUAUGUCCCCCAAAGGACAUGAGGCCACAGACUGCAGUGCCCAUGAACAGAGGAGCUGUGGGGAUGGAAGUCUGAUCGCUCCCUUCAAACGCACACCCCGGUGCAUGUGCGCCUCUUCUGAUGCAGCGCCCCAAUGGUGUGUAGCGUUGACGUCAGAAGCCCGUCCGGUCGGUGGGCCCGGCGCGUUAGGCUUUUUGGGAUCCGGGAAGGCCUCCCGCUUCAGGUCUCUCCCACCCAUCUGCACCUUGUUACCUGACUUUCGGCUUCAGGAUCCGCAGCGUGCACCCGCGUUCCAUCUGUCUUCUGAGACUUUGCCCUUCUCCAGGAAGAGCACGCAGGAGACCAGGAAAAUGGCCACAGGGCUCCUGAGAGCCAAAAAAGAGGCAUCCGUGGCAUUCAGGGAUGUGGCUGUGGACUUCACCCAGGAGGAGUGGAGAUUGUUGAGCCCUGCUCAGAGGACCCUGCACAGGGACGUGAUGCUGGAGACUUAUAACCACCUGGUCUCACUGGAAAUUCCAUCUUCCAAACCAAAACUCAUUGCUCAGCUGGAGCGAGGGGAAGAGCCCUGGAGAGAGGAGAGAAAAUAUUCGCUGGACCUCUGUCCAGAAUCAAAGCCAGAAAUUCGACUUUGCCCCUCCUGCCCUCUGAUAUUCUCCAAUCAGCAAGCUCUCAGCCAACAUGUGUGGCUGAGUCAUCUCUCUCAGCUGUUUUCAAGUUUAUGGGCAGGAAAUCCUCUCCAGCUGGGUAAACACUAUCCGGAAGAUCAGAAACAACAGCAGGAUCCAUUCUGCUUGAGUGGCAAAACAGAAUGGAUUCAAGAGGGAGAAGACUCCAGACUCCUGUUUGGGAGAGUAAGCAAAAGUGGCACUUCAAAGGCACUAUCCAGCCCACGUGAAGAACAGCCAGCACGGUCCGAGGAAGACAACACAGUGGUGGAUAUAGGACCCAGCCCUGAAAGGAAGGCAGACCUUGAGGAAACAGACAAAGUAUUGCAUGGUUUAGAAAUCUCAGGAUUUGGAGAAAUCAAAUAUGAAGAGUUUGGGCCAGGCUUUAUCAAGGAGUCAAACCUCCUUAGCCUCCAGAAGACACAAACUGGGGAGACAGCUUACAUGUACACUGAGUGGGGAGACAGCUUUGGCAGUAUGUCAAUCCUCAUCAAAAACCCAAGGACGCACUCUGGGGGAAAGCCUUAUGUGUGCAGGGAAUGUGGGCGAGGCUUUACCUGGAAGUCAAACCUGAUCACACAUCAGAGGACACACUCAGGGGAGAAACCUUAUGUGUGCAAGGAUUGUGGACGAGGCUUUACUUGGAAGUCGAAUCUCUUUACACAUCAGCGGACACACUCAGGGCUCAAGCCUUAUGUGUGCAAAGAAUGUGGGCAGAGCUUUAGCCUGAAGUCAAACCUCAUCACCCACCAGAGGGCGCACACUGGAGAAAAGCCUUAUGUUUGCAGGGAAUGUGGGCGUGGCUUUCGCCAGCAUUCACACCUGGUCAGACACAAGAGGACGCAUUCAGGAGAGAAGCCUUACAUUUGCAGGGAGUGUGAGCAAGGCUUUAGCCAGAAGUCACACCUCAUCAGACACUUAAGGACACACACAGGAGAGAAGCCUUAUGUAUGCACAGAAUGUGGGCGUCACUUUAGCUGGAAAUCAAACCUCAAAACACACCAGAGGACACACUCAGGGGUUAAACCUUAUGCCUGCCUGGAGUGUGGGCAAUGCUUUAGCCUGAAGUCAAACCUUAACAAACACCAGAGGUCACACACAGGGGAGAAGCCGUUUGUAUGUACAGAGUGUGGGCGAGGCUUUACCCGGAAAUCAACCCUCAUCACACACCAGAGGACACACUCAGGGGAGAAGCCCUUCGUGUGUAAUGUGGAGUGUGGACGAGGCUUUAAUGGUAAGUCCACCCUCGUCGCACACCAGAGGACACAUUCAGGGGAAAAGCCUUUUAUGUGCAGAGAGUGUGGCAGAAGGUUUCGGCAGAAGCCUAACCUAUUUAGGCACAAGAGGGCACACUCAGGUGCCUUUGUGUGUAGGGAGUGUGGGCAAGGCUUUUGUGCUAAGUUAACUCUCAUUAAACACCAGAGGGCACACUCAGGGGGGAAGCCUCAUGUGUGCAGGGAGUGUGGGCAAGGCUUUAACCGGCAGUCACACCUCAUUAGACACCAGAGGACACAUUCAGGAGAGAAGCCUUAUAUUUGCAGAAAGUGUGGGCGGGGCUUUAGUCGGAAGUCCAACCUUAUCAGACAUCAGAGGACACACUCAGGAUAGAAACUUCAUGUGUACAGGGAAUGUGGUACAGCCUUACCCAGGAGUCAUACUUCAUCAGACACCAGAGGAUGCACACAGCGCUGUGGCUUUGUCAGCCAUUGCUAGAUACCAAAGUGGAGACAUUGUAUGUGUGAUUGUGCAUGAGACUGUACUGGUAAGACUUGUAUCUCCAUCCACCUGAAGGAGAAUUGCUGGCUUAUUUUCAGGAGCCCUGCCCUUCCUCACUGGGGAUGGUGGAUUGUGAAAGCCUGGUCAGGUAAUGAUAGUGGCCAGAGGCAGUCAAAUGCCCAGACAGAUAGGGGUGGGUACCCGGUGAAACACAACCUUAAAGCUGAAGACAGUCUUGGCUAAAUCCUCAUACUGAAUUGAGAACCUGUCUUCCCAUUUGGUGUGCUUUCAUCCGAUUGAUCCCAACCCUUCACCUAUUUUGCAUAUGCCUGUCCUUUUCUAAUUGGUUUUUACACUGCUGUGCCCACCUUUGAGUGAUGCCUUUGCAUACUUGCAAACCAAUCAACAUGUACUCCCCUAUUCUGAGCCCAUAAAAGACCCAGUCUCAGCCACAGUGGGAGAGAAAUCACCCUGCUGUGGGAGUUGGGGACCACUCCCUGCAUCCCCUCUCCACUGAGAGCUGUUCUUUCGCUCAAUAAAAUUCUUUUCUACCCAUCCUCAC